GUACGUUGAGAUAUUUAUUGAAAACAAAGAUUUAGAUAAUUCACAGUAUAUAAGAGCUUGUGUUUCUCUUGUUCAGCACCUCCACACAGGAAGGCUGACGCUACAAGCUGAGAGACAAGAAAGAAGAUAAUCCUGCAGAAGAUCAUUUUGACCAUCAUCAUCAUCAUCAUCUCAUCCACGAAGAUGCUGACUGUAUCUCUACUUGUCUGUGCCAUGAUGGCUCUGACCAGAGCUGAUGCUGUUCCAGAGGAUGUGUUUUCAGUGAAGACUGUCGUGUUCGAGUGGUCUGCAUCUUGCCCCAGUGAUUGGACUGAGUUCAGUGGUCGCUGUUUCCUCUACGUUCAAACAGCCAGGACCUGGGCUAAUGCUGAGAAACAAUGUCAGGACUAUGGUGGAAACCUUGCAUCAGUGCACAGCCUCGAUGAGCAGCAAUUUAUUCAGGGUUUGAUACUGAGUAUCACUGAGAAAAAUGCACUGACAUGGCUCGGAGCCUUUGAUGCACAACAGGAGGGUUUAUGGCUCUGGAGUGAUGGUACGUCUUUUAAGUUCGACUACUGGGAUCAAGGACAGCCUGAUAAUUAUAAUGGGGAUUCACAUUGUAUGGUGAUGAACUAUUCAGAUCGUAAGAAAUUUGACGAUCAGCCUUGCUCUGUCCUAAGGCCGUCCGUCUGCGCCAAAAUGCCAUGAUAUCUCUUUGGAUAACAGAGGAACAUGCAGUACCUAUCACAACCACAGGAGUGUUGGGUGGAUGUGUGAUUAUCUGUGUCUUCAUCAUCUGUAGCCUCUUGCAUGUAGUAAUCUAUACUUCUUUCCUGUUACUGUUAAACUACUUAAUGAAUGUUGCCUGUUUGGCCUUUUCAUUCUGGAGUGUUCUUCUUAUCUUCUACACAAUUAAAAGACUCAAGCAUUGAAAAAAA